UAAAUAACCUAAAAAAUAUUAUGCUUUAAGACAAAGCCCUCUUAUCAUUGGUGGAGAAUUCCGGGACCCGGUCCGGCGAACAGUAACGGUCAUCACACAACAAGCAACGGUGUCCACGGUUGGAUUAUUCAUCCCAACCUCCGAGCAAACCCAUUUCUUAAUCAAACAAGCCGCGCCAUAAUUUCUCAAAUAGAUUAGCGAUUGCUUCUUCUAAUUUGAUCACACUCAUCGAUUUCCCCUAAAUCGUUCAUGGCUCACGACGUAGAAAAAUCAACCUCCGUCCCACCAAUAGAACCGCCACUCGGCUCCACCGUGAUCCCAGUAGUGAACAAGCUUCGUGAAGUACUGGCAAAGGUCGGUGGGGGAGAUUCGGAAUUAGAGUUGCCGCAGGUGGCUGUCGUUGGCAGCCAAAGCAGCGGGAAGUCGAGUGUUUUAGAAGCCCUUGUCGGCCGUGAUUUCUUACCCAGGGGUUCCGAUAUUUGCACUCGUCGUCCCCUGCUUUUGCAGUUAGUACGGAGUAAUGAAGAAGCCGGUGAAUUUGGCGAGUUUUGGCACUUGCCAGGGAGGAAGUUCUUUGAUUUCUCCCAGAUUCGUGCAGAAAUUCAGGCUGAAACUGAGAGGGAAGCAGGAGGUAAUAAGAGGGUUUCAAACAAACAGAUUUGCUUGAAGAUCUAUUCACACAGAGUUCUUGACAUGACAUUGGUUGAUCUUCCUGGAAUGACAAAGGUUCCAGUAGGAGACCAGCCAUUGGACAUUGAAGCACAAAUCCGUGAAAUGAUACUCUCCUACAUUAAGCAGCCACGUUGUAUAAUCUUAGCCAUUACACCUGCAAAUUCAGAUUUGGCAAAUUCAGAUGCACUUCAAAUGGCAGGGAUAGCUGAUCCUGAUGGUCAUCGUACAAUUGGUGUAAUUACAAAGUUGGAUAUUAUGGACAGAGGCACUGAUGCCUGCAAUCUUUUGCUUGGCAAAACAAUUCCUCUUAAACUUGGUUAUGUUGGUGUUGUCAAUCGUUGUCAAGAGGAUAUUAAGCUUAAUCGUGGAAUUCAUGAUGCACUUGUAUCUGAAGAGGCUUUCUUCCAAAGUCAUCCAGUGUAUAAUAGAGUGGCAGAUUGCUGUGGGAUCCCUAAAUUGGCCAAGAAAUUGAAUAAAAUUUUUGUACAACAUAUCUUGAAAAUGCUUCCAGAUUUGAAGUCUAGCAUUCGGUCUAAAUUAGCUAUUGCUUCCAAGGAGCAUUCUAAUUAUGGACACCUUCCACGAAAACCUGAUCAAGGAUCAUUGGUUCUAAACAUUCUUCUCAAGUACUCCAAAGCUUUUGUGUCAAUGGUUGAUGGAAGAAAUGAAGAAAAGUUAACAUCUGAGGUGUAUGGUGGUGCAAGAAUUCAUUAUAUCUUCCAAUCAAUAUUCGUGAGCCGAUUGGAAGAAGUUGAUCCAUUUGAGAGAUUAACUGAUCAAGACAUCCGCACUGCAAUCCACAAUGCAACUGGUCCUAGAUCCGCUUUAUUCGUGCCUGAGGUUCCAUUUCAAGUUUUGGUUCGAAGACAAAUAGCUCGGUUGUUGGAUCCUUGUCUUCAAUGUGCUAGACUUGUAUACAAUGAAUUAGUAAAGAUCAGCCAUAGUUGUCUAGUGCAUGAACUACAACGGUUUCCUGUUCUUAAGAUGCACAUUAAUGACAUUGUUGGGAGUUUUUUGUUUGAAGGUCUUCAACCUUCACAAACAAUGAUUGGACACUUAGUUGAAAUGGAGAUUGAUCAUAUAAACACAUCACAUCCGAAUUUUAUUGGAGGAAAUAAAGCAGUGGAGGUUGCUUCACAUCAAGUUAGGUCAUAUAGGUUGGGUUCAACAACACCUAGGACAAGGGAUGGGGAAGAUUCUGAAGCUUCCGGAAGCAAUCGGAGAUCUACUGCUAUUGUUGUUAGAUCUCCUACCAAUGGAAUAGUUCCUGAUCAGGGAGUAAGAUCGGUUGCAGAUAUUGAGAAAAACGGAUCACCUGGAAGUGAGAGGAGUUCAAAUUGGAUAAUUUCGUCAUUUUUUCGUGGGAAAGAGGUUCAAAGCCGAGGAAUAGAUGCUUCCGGAAGCAACUCUGACAAUGGAAUCCUUAAUCACAAGGAGCCUGGUUCAUCUAUAAUACAUCUUAGAGAGCCACCAUUAAUGUUGAAUUCAUCAGAAAUGCAUUCAGAACAUGAAGCUGUUGCAUUGGCAGUUACAAAACAGUUAUUGGAAUCAUAUUAUACAAUUGUUAGGAAAAAGAUCCAAGAUUCUGUUCCUAAAGCAGUCAUGCACUUUUUGGUGAAUCACACAAAGAGAGAGCUAUGCAAUGUCUUAAUUGAGAAUAUAUACAGGGAGAGUCUUUUCCAAAACUUGCUACAAGAAGCUGAUGAUGUAUCUUUAAAGAGGAAGCAUGUUGAAGAAACUCUCAUAGCUCUUCAAGAGGCCUCAAAACUAUUAGAUGAGUUACCAAUCGAAUCUGCAACAGUCUAAACAUAAGGGUAAAAUGGUCAUUUGUUUGUAUUCAGACAGUUGAUUCGGUCAAAAAAAAGAAAGAGUCAUGUGUAUACAAACGUUUUAUCCAUACAAGAGUUAAGAGGACAAGGUCAUAAUCGACUUUUCCUAAGCAGAAUGAGUGAGCAAUUUGAAGGUAGGCUUUGAUCUUUGGCAUUAUAUUCUUAUAAUGUUGUACAUAAUUUUUUAUUAUGACCAAAACAUUUCAAGGUUUUGUAGUCGAUUGGAUGUUAUUGUUGUAUUGGGUUUUUUAAAAUAAUUGUAACGAAGUUAUUACAGUUGACAAAAGCAUAGUGAAAAUACG